AGUUUUCCUCGCAUGAAUGUCCUUUCAGGUACUGGCGGUGCAAUGGCCACCUACCAAUUCCUGCAAGGACUACCUAGAGAAACUCAGCAUGCCUUCGUAGCUUCUCUGUCACCUCGGAGUCGUUCUGACUUCUCGGCCUACAUCACUUCAAUGGAGAAUGAUUUGGCGCAGAAGAAAGAAGCUUUUACCCUGCGAGGUGAUACCAGAGACUUGGAGCUGGUUGACGAGGAUUGUGGCUCAUUAUCAGAGAGCGACAUGGACUCGGACGUCGAACCAGAUGCCGAGUUGCAAGAACUGCUUGCGGAGAAGGAGGCCUUGCAGAAGAGCAUAGCACAGCUGGACUCACUGGCCAGCUUUGCAGCAGAUGUAUCACGCUGGAAGGAGAUUGGAGCAGAGAAGCUGGAAGAUAGCGAUGAGGAUGAUUCCGAUGCUGGAAGUGAAGUCGAAACCUCGAGGUGUUCGAGCCCUCAGAUGACUUUAAGCGCCCUGAUGGACACCCUGCGUGAUGCCACGCCGGAGGAGCGGCGCCUGCGGAUUGCCCAGAUUUCCCAGGAGAACUUCAUGGAACUCAUCGGCCACCUUCCCACCGAGGAAGACAGUGUAGAGCUGGACUCUGCUGCUGAGGUCAGUGAGGACGAGGACCUGGAAGGAGCUGAGAGCCUUCGGGAAGUUAGCACUGAGGGAACCAGCCAUCCGAGCCAGCCAAGUGCCAGGCUCCAGGUUGGUGCUGACGCCUCAGACUUUCCCCAGGACAUGACGAUCUGUCUACAAGAGCAGCGGGAGAAGCGGCGGAAUACGCAGCCUUUGGGGCGACUGCAGCUGGAGGGCAGUGCCGCGCAAGACUCCAACUUGCUACAGCGUUUGCCUCCGAGGAAUGUGAACAUAUUCGGAUUGGCUUGCGAUGGAUUCGAUGGCGGCUACACAGCCAGCCAUGGGGCCCAAAGGGCCCAAAGCAGCUUGGCAGACACUGCUAUUCGUCGUCGCAGUGUGGCGCUGGGCUCCGACCCAGCAAUGAAAGAGAUGGUGCACUUUGUCGGGAGCCAUGAGCACGACAGCCGGCUCAAGGAAGCUGCAAACAUCCGGAGCACCAUUUUGAAAGACUUACCCGACAACUUCAAGCAAGAGGUCGAGAUUUUACGCCAAGCUGAAGCCUUCGAGGACAACCGUCCACUUCCUGUCACGAGCACGGGAUUGCUUGAUGGGCCCUCGGUGGAUGCACGGCUGGCCUGGCGCCAAGAGAUGGACCGCCAGGUGAAAAGACUCUUGCAGGACACCAAUUUUGCCCUUGAUGACCGGAUUGAUGAAGAGGUGAAACACACGCUGCGGGUGAACCACGCAGAUCGGAUGUACGACUGGUAUGGAAAGCAUGGGAUGAAACAAGCUCGCAAGGAGCGAGUGGCUCCAGCACACCUUCGCUUCAAUCAUGAAGAUCCAGUGAUGCCUGGCUCCCUGCGUCGACCCAGUCAAGUGGCACCCGCCCUGUUGGCCCCACCAGCAACCAUCGAGGUGCGACGGGAUGAUUUCCCAAGCCCCAAGGCUGAGGAUACCCGGCCACCAAGUCGCCCCAUCUCGACACCCAAGACGCUGCUGGGGACUGCUGGCCGCUCAUUUGUCAAGCCGAUGUCUCCAAAGCAUUCGGCGCGGGCACGUACACCACACAAGCCAAAGAGCCGCGCGCGAUCUGCCGCGGCGGAUUUGACGUCUGCAUGGGAGAAAUACCUUGGACGCUUCACUUGCGGUGAUCAAGGACCCAAGCUCAAAGACUCCGGUGCAGACGGAGAGGCCAUGGAAAGGGUGGUGGCUGAAGUGCUAGCCGGGCCACAGCGCAUGGGUGGGAAUGAUCAAAGGGAUUGCAGACGUGGCAUGGAUGACGUUCGGGGCCGCCUGGAUGAACCACUCCUUUCUCCAGAUGCCUCUCCAGGCUUCGUCAAGGCGUCCGCCAUGCAUCUGCCUCCUGCAACCUGGCAAAUUGUGGGGGCAGAACUGGCCGGAAAUACUGUACUUGUCAUAGCUCCUCGCACCGACUUGAAUGUAGAUUUGUUCCAUGCAAUUUCAACAGCUGAUGUUGCGGCGGUGCUCGAUGCUUUGCUUCAAGGGCAAUGCCCGAAUUUCAAUGAAGCGGGUGUUUGCCCUCUUUACGCCAGUCUUCUUGUAAUGCGUCCUCCCGCAUCUUCCCAAGCAGCGCAGAUUGUUGAUGUACUCUGCCAAGCCAUGGCAGAUGUGGAUUGCCGCUUGGAUUUCGGCGGCUCGCCGAUGCAUUUAGCUUGCAGGCACGAGGCGGCUGCAAGCUUGCUGAAAGCUUCGGCAGAUGUGAAUGCAAACGACAAUGAGAAUGACACACUGCUCCACGUUGCUGCAGAUCGGCAUGAAAAAACCAUUGACAUUUCUUUGGACCCUCAUGGACAGGUUGUUGCUACUGUGGUGGUGUCACAUGAGCCAGAAUUGUUAGGGCAGUACCACAUGAUGGCAUGUGUCCGGGACAUUUUCUUUAAUCCAGCUCCGAAGCGUGAUAAACAAGGCCUUUACAGUGGUCCUUUCAAACUAUGGGUCGAAUGGAUGGAAUGGUCUUCGAUGCGCGGUUUGGAUCAUUUCCUGCUUUACAGCUUUGAAGGUACUGAUUUGGCUGCAAGGAAGGUCAUGCAGCCCUAUGUGGAUGCCGGCCUUGCAACCAGGGUCUACUUCAACUUUUUCCUAGAAUCCGAGCUCAUUCGCCAAGGGUAUGUGGCGAAUGAUUGCUUGUUUCGGGCCAAGAACCACGCAAAAUGGUUAGCUACAUGUGUUGACGUGGAUGAAUAUAUUGCGUUCCCAGGUCCGGUGAAGUGUUUCGAUUGGGAUGAAGUCGUGAAGCUGGAAGGAAUUCAACAGGAGCAGGUUGCCAGUCUUUCCAUUCCCAGGAUUCGUUUUGCGAGACCCCGUCCCAAGGCCCCCCAAGGAUGGGAUGUGCACAAUUUCUUGGAACACCUGGUGCAAGAACGUCCGCCAGCAAGUGGCGAUGCAGCUGCCAUUCAUGAGUUGCCGCAGAGAAUUUGCACAGCAAGCAUCAACAGAGGUGGUGGUCGCCUUCUUGAUGAGAUUCAUGGCCCUGAAAGCCAUGCGGUCUUUGAUGUCACAUUGGAGCAUGCCACGCGUCUCUACGAGGCAUGCACCGAAGACGAUCAGAGAAGACAUGCCUGUAGCAGUACCACUCUCGGGGAGCAGCGUGCUGAUUCUAAACAGCGCGCUGACUCCAAGUCGCCAAAAAUGCGAAAAGGGGGAAGCUGCGACCUCCCAACAAAGAAGGAGGAAGGUGAAGGCAUGGACGCGCGGGCACUGAAAAGUGCUCUCGAGUCAGAAGGAUUCCGUUUCAUCGAUGAUGAGUUGUUCCCGGCCUUGUGGAAAUCUUUGGGCAAGGAAGCCCUUGAUGUACAUACUUUUCACAGGGUUCUGCGGCACCUCAAGCUUCACUUGCUGUGUGGCGACAAUGAUGACCUCACAGAUUUGUCGGAAGAGCGGGGGACUGGAACCACAGGCAAGAUGGACUGGAGUGGACACUGCGCCCUGGGCUGGCACUGCUUUGGGAAGAACUUGUACGUUGUGACCGUGCUGCGACUGGCCGUAAAAUACCAGCUUCAUCCUCUGCCAGUGGAGGAUACCAUUCAGCUGCAGCAGCAGUCUGUCCCGUUGGUGCGGAGCUACGGGGACAAUUUUUUCAUCAUUCUUCCAAUGCUCAGACUCACCACGCCUUCGCGCAAUGCACUGGCACGCUUUCAUGGCCAAGAAGAGGGGCAACCUGAACUGGCCAGGCAGACAACCAACCAAGAAGAAGCCUUAGAUCCAGACUCCGGAGCUGCUUUAGAGGUAGAGAUUGAACAGGGUCGCUUGGCACUUUUCAUCGCUGGAGCUCCCAAGUUCGACACCUUGAUCAGCAUCCAGACUGUGUGGAUGGUUCACCAUGGGGAGGAUGUUGAACAUACCACUCAUCCCCUCCCAAUGUAUGGUGGCCGGAGGUUCUGCCACAGGCGACGUCAAUUUCGUAGCUCGAGGGCGCUAGUCCGCGAAGGUUCAGCUAGUGUUCGAAGCCAAGCAGAGGAUUCAUUGUCUCCAAGGACACCCAGUGCAGAGCUGGACUUCGAGGAGCAAGAGCCUGAUCCAAACACUUUCGACGACGACGCCACCGAGGCUUUUGAUGGAAUUGCUGAAGAGAUUCAGAAGGACACCUCUAUGGUGCGCUCUGGAAAUGCCGCAUGGCUGAUGUGGAGGAUCGUUGACGUGCUUGUCGACGAGAUGGAGCCUAUUUUGUCAGCCUUUCGGGCCAGACUCAUGUGGUUUGGAGCUCACAUUGCCAAACGCCGAUCGAAAUCGGAGAAUGACGUGGAGAAGAAGCUCCUUUGGACCCGUGUGGAGUUGGAGUGGGUGCAGCGGAAGGUGCGGCCAAUGAUCAGAGUCGUCCGGCACAUGAUCCACGAAAAAGUCAUUGAAGCCAAUGUAACUCAAUACCUUGAAGAUGUGGAGGAUCACUUGGAAACUUAUUUGGAAGAGAUCAGUCGCAGCAUAGGAGUGUGCGACUCCCUGAGAGACCAAGUGCGAAGCUUCCGUGAUCGGGAGCAGCAAGGGGUGCUCUAUGUAUUGGCGCUGGUCACCACCAUGACCUCUCCAAUGCAACUUUUGGCCUCGAUGUAUGGCAUGAACUUCAUUGACAAAAUGAACCGGCCAGUUGUACCAGGACUGGGUCUAAUGGAUGAAAAGAGGGGCUAUCCGCUCUUCUGGGGUUUGGGAGUAGCCAUUGUCUCUACGAUUUAUAUCAGCUUCCGCUUUGUCUUGAAGUGGAUGUAGUUGGACGCUGGUAUCGGGCCCUGACUCAGCCCAGAAAGUCAGAACGGGGACACCUGCUCAACUGGUCUGGAGAAUUAUGGCUAGGGGCUCAACAUGCUUGGUGCCUCGGAGUAGAAGGAAAUGAUGUUUGA